GAGCCCGGGGAGAAGCAGGUCUCAGCCGGCCACGCCUCCCUCGGACGGGCCUAGUUGAGCAUCAUUGCCACUGACCCUCUGCGUUGGGUGGGGCCUGGCCUGUGGUUGGCCGGGCACGAUGCCUCGGAAAAGGAAACAUUGUCAGCGUGCAGCCCCCCCUCAGCUGGCUGCGGUCGCUGCUGUGGGAACCCCAGUCGUGGCCAGGGCUGGCUCAGGGUGUCGCAUACAGCUGGGUCGCAGGACUAGGAGCCCAGCCUACUUUCCCUUCAGCUUCCUGCCGGUGGACUGUCAGCUCCAUGUCUUCUCUUUCCUUUCGGAGGUGGAGAAGUGCACAGCUGCCUUGGUUUGUGAAGCCUGGAGCAAGCUGAUCCGCACCCCCAGGCUCUGGAGGGUGGCUGACUUCAUGAGACUGGGGGCCUUCCAGUCAGGCAUGGAUUUGGUGCUGGUUUCUGCCAGAGAAUUUGAGAGAUGGAAAGAGUGGGUCCACCAGUAUGCCUAUCACCUGACCUCUCGCAGCGCUAGCCUGCUAGUCCUCAGGGCCAGCUUUGAUUUGGGUGAUCAGAAGACCAAAUGGGCUGACUUCCUUUCACGCUUCUUGGACAGUGUCCACUGUGGGGAGCUGCAGGAGCUGGAGCUCAACUGGACCUUGACUCACUUGGAACCACCAGACUUCUACCCGCCAGGCACCUGCAGUAUGACUCAGGUCAGCCUGACCAAAAUGGACCAGAUCAGCAACUUCCAGACCCUUUUGGAGAAGUUUAUCCAGAGAUCUCCAAAGCUCACCAGGAUGAAGCUGCCCUUUGACUGGUCUGCAUACUCAGUUGCCAUGCUGACCCAAUUCCAGCAGCUUCACACCUUGGAGUUGAAAUACUUCUGGAGCUUCAAAGGGGUUUGCCCAGAAAUCAUGCAAGAUCUCACCAAAGCCCUGCCCAACCUCAAAACUCUCAUCCUUCAUGUGCUGGUGCCAGUCAAAGACUUGGGCAUCUCCUAUUCUCUGGAAUCCAGAUCCCUGGAGUACUUGGAUGUGUCCCAGAGCCGUGGCCUGGUGUUCUGUCACCUCAACCUGCCCUCCCUGAGGGUGCUGAGGAUCAAGAAGACGGUUCGGGGCAUCAUCCUGAACCGGAGGACUAGGCUGGCUCUUCAGAGUCGCUGGUCCUGUCUGUACAGCUUGCUACGGAGUGGCACGCCCAACCUUCGGGUGUUCAACAACCAGGUGUUGCUGCCGCACUGGCGGGAGCAGACGUACAAGGAGCUGAAUGCCUUGCUGCUGCAAUCAUGCUACUGUGUUCAGCACUCCGACACGUGGUUACUGUAAAGAUUGAUGGUGAAGGGAACAGACAGGAGAACCUGGUUCUCUUGUGUCUAAUGGUGUCACUGAAGGGGGUGUAUAGCAUGAAGAGACCAUGUGUUGCCUUGGGAGGGACUAGGUGGCCUAUGUGUCUCUGGGCCUAGCAUUUGUCAGGUUUCAGGAGAGGCUGCAUCUGGGCCCAGUUUGCUCAAAAUGGGAGGCUGACUGAGGGAUGUUUAGAGAGAAGGACACUCUGUGUUUCUCUUCUACCAAGACAGUAAAUGUUCUGUACCGCACAGCUGGUCUCAGCUUUUCAUUUAUAAGUGCACUUUAUGGCCCCUAAGUGAUGGCCUGUGUUCCUUACGUACCAGCAAGGGCUCUGAGUACUGCACAUAGUAAAAUCACACAGCUGCAGCCAGACACGGGUGCCCUGGUUGUCUAAAUGCGCUGAUGCAGAAGUGAAGAUAGAAUUGGUAACCUUCUGAGAUCAGACCCCCACAAACCUCUGCCUGAUGCAUUCCCAGGGUAGUUCCAUGCUCUUAGCUGGACAGUGUUAUCAGCUGGUUAGAGCAGGGAAGCUGGGUUUCCUGGGUUCUUUUCCAGUCACUAUCAUUAUUUUUGGAAAUGAUUAGACUCAUUUUCAAAAGCAGCCUCUCAUUUUGGCUGCCUGACUCGAGUUACCUUGCAAGUUGUGGGAGCGCAGCACCUCUGAAAAUCAGGACCAAGGGGUCUCGAGUUAGGAACCUCAGUUUUCCAUCUUUAAAAUGGGAAUAAGCCUAACUUACCUCUCUGGGAAGGUGGUGAGGCAUUUAGACCCUUGGACUUAGGUGCUGCCAAAAUGUAAAGUAGUAUUAGAAAGUGGAGGAACAUGGAUGUUUGCCAUUUCCCAGCCAGCAGAAGGCACCCCUUACUUUGUUAUGCUGAUAUAUAACCUGACUGAUUCUUCAGACCAUAUCUGUUCUCAGCUGGUUCCUCUGAUGCUGGUGGCCAAGUGCUGAGUUGACCCUAAUAAAAAUUAACAGAGCCCCAUCGCUGUCAGUCUGUUCUAACUCCGCACUGGGCCAGGAGUUCUUACUAAUGGUUGAAUCGGUUUCCUAGUAGCCCCUUCCUAGCCUGGAGGGAGCAUAUGUGUAAUCCUGGCUUUGUAGCGGUGACGCUUCUUGUGGGACGUGGUGUGGAAGACGACAUGGCUUUGUGCUGGGGUCCGUUUCAUAGGCUGUGAUGAGGGACCAGAUCCAGAGUUAUUCCUCUGAGAAGGGCAUCUAGAUGCAUGUGGCGUUCAAACUGCACAAGUGGCUGGGGAAGAGGGAGCUUCGUUGUCAAAUGCUGGCAGGGGGUGAUUCCCAUGCGUGGUCUCUGCUGCUGUUGAUUCUCUUUCCCUCGGGAGGCUUGAGCCAAAAGCCUCUGGCUCAGCUGACCCAAGUAAGGGUUUGUCCAACACCUAGUGCACCGAGGUCCAUGACUCGGGCUCCUAGGCACUACAGCUAGACAACUAAAUAAUCCGGGUCCUACCCCACAUCUGUUUGUACCUUCAGUCGAAUGAGUGGGGCCCUCCUGCGUCUCCUGCCACUUUCUGAUGCCUGAAAACUUGCUUUGCUUUUCCUGUCGCUCCCUCUCUCACAGCCUUUCUCCCCGCGCCGCUGCGCUGUUUCAUGUUCACCCCCAGGAGCUCUGCUUGUCUCUGUGCCAGCAGCACUUCAAUCUCCAUCCCCACAGGGGGUCCAUGAGGAUAAUAGGGAGCACAGCAGCACGUCCAGGAACACUUUACUCCCGUCCUCUGUUCACUGUGCUGGCUUCCCAAAGAACAUCAAAUCAAGUUCAAGGUCCUGGUCCUCAUCGUCCUAGCCUGGACCCAGGGUAUCUAAAAGAACCUAAAGCUCCAGGAUGCAACUCCACUCCUCUGGCACCAUGGGACUCUCAACAAUGAGGACAAAGCUCGUUUGUGCAGGAGACACUGUCUCCUCAGGGAUCACUCUGAGCCCAUGGAAUGAACCCCCCCCCCAGGCACCAAGGACCA